GCGGCUGGCGUCGAGAAAGUACAGUAAAAAGUCCAAGUGCAGCCGCUCGGCGCAAGAUGGGAUCCGGCUCCUCCAGCUACCGGCCCAAGGCCAUCUACUUGGACAUCGAUGGGCGCAUUCAGAAGGUGGUCUUUAGCAAGUACUGCAACUCCAGUGACAUCAUGGACUUGUUCUGCAUCGCCACCGGCCUGCCCCGGAACACGACCAUCUCCCUGCUGACCGCGGACGACGCCAUGGUGUCCAUCGACCCCACCAUGCCCGCCAAUUCAGAACGCAGAUGCGCCAAGAACACCCACUCCCUACAAAGUGAGACCUGUGGCCGUCAAGCAAUUGUCUGAGCAUUUAAAAUCAACGAACUGAAAGCUGAAGUCGCGAAUCACUUGGCCGUGCUAGAGAAGCGAGUCGAAUUGGAAGGCCUGAAAGUGGUGGAGAUCGAGAAAUGCAAGAGUGACAUCAAGAAGAUGCGGGAAGAGCUGGUGGCCAGAAGCAGCAGGACCAGCUGUCCCUGUAAGUACAGCUUUGUGGAUAACAGCAAGAAACUGACACCUCGGCGUGAUGUCCCCACGUAUCCCAAGAUGCUGAGUUGCUUAGAGCACAUGUACCAUGACCUGGGCCUGGUCAGAGAUUUCUCCAUCAACCCCAUCACACUCAGGAGAUGGCUGCUCUGCGUGCACGACAACUACAGGAACAACCCUUUCCACAACUUUCGGCACUGCUUCUGCGUGACCCAGAUGAUGUACAGCAUGAUCUGGGUCUGCAGGCUCCAGGAGAAAUUUUCCCAAAUGGAUAUCUUGAUUCUAAUGACGGCAGCCAUCUGCCAUGAUUUGGAUCAUCCGGGGUACAACAACACGUACCAGAUCAACGCCCGCACGGAGCUGGCCGUCCGGUACAACGACAUCUCGCCCCUGGAGAACCACCACUGCGCCGUGGCCUUUCAGAUUCUCGCCCAGCCCGAGUGCAACAUCUUUGCCAAUGUGCAGCUGGACGAGUUCAAGCAGAUCAGACAGGGGAUGAUCACAUUAAUUUUAGCCACUGACAUGGCAAGACAUGCAGAAAUUAUGGAUUCUUUCAAAGAAACAAUGGAGAAUUUUGACUACAGCAAUGAGGAGCACAUGACCCUUCUGAAGAUGAUUUUGAUAAAAUGCUGUGACAUCUCUAACGAGGUCCGUCCAAUGGAAGUUGCGGAACCUUGGGUGGACUGCCUAUUAGAAGAGUAUUUCAUGCAGAGCGACCGCGAGAAGUCCGAGGGCCUUCCCGUGGCCCCUUUCAUGGACCGGGACAAAGUGACCAAAGCCACAGCCCAAAUUGGGUUCAUCAAGUUUGUCUUGAUCCCGAUGUUCGAAACGGUGACCAAGCUCUUCCCUGUGGUGGAGGAAAUCAUGCUCCAGCCCCUCUGGGAAUCCAGAGAUCGUUAUGAGGAACUGAAGCAAAUGGAUGACGCCCUGAGAGAGAAGACGGAGAGCCUGACAUCCGGGCACACGGACCCGCAGAGAGAGGGAAGCAGAGAUGUGAGGAAAAGUGAAGAUAACGCCAUCCUGAAUUGACGUCUCUACGCAUAUGCAGACGGAGCCUGAAGACGGCAGGACAGUCUCGGGCCGCGGUUCUGGACCAGGCUGGCGGAGCCGGAGCCUCAUGGGAGACGACCGUGCAGGGAAAAGUUGACUCUGAGCGCCUACUCCGCCAAGACUGUGUUUUCUAAGAACUGUUUUGUUCACUGAUACAAAAAAAAAAAAA